AUGCCGAAACAUAUCAUUGAUGAGAUUGAAUCUCUCUCCCUUGCCACUGGCUUUAUCCUCAAGAAUGGGGAUUUUACUGAGGAGAAAAGCUUGCUGGUGAAGCCAACCAUGGGCGGGACCUGGCACUGGUCUCCUAUAAAAGGUCUUCACUCACAGGAUUCAAUCAGGAAGACUCGUGCCUACAUAUUGCAGGAGAUUGCAAGGAUGACCAUCUAUCCCGAGGCCGGUGUCAGUCCUACCUUGAGGCGCAAGAAGGGUAUUGUCAUUGGGGUGGCCAGAGCUGUGUCUACUGAGCUGUAUCACAUUGUCGAGAAUGACCUCAUAGAGGAGGAGAUGGACACAGCGAAACUGGCGGUGGGAUACGAUGGCGAAACCAUAGUGAUCAAAAACGACGUGGACUCAAAGUGGAAGGAGGAGCUGUCCAAACCUUUGAACUUGUCUGAAACCGAAAAUAAAGUGAUUCAAAGACUGCUCUUAAUCUCCCAUGGAGUCAUUCCCCUCCAGGGCUACUCAUUGGUCACGACUUCCCACCACUACAAUGACAAGUCGAAGAGAGCAUUUUCCGCGGUGGAGAGGCAGUUUUUUUCUCGCUGUGACCAAUUAUCUUGGUGGAAAGAGGAUGAAGAAGCCUUAAGGGACGCUAUGUGGCACAAGGCUGGACAUCCAGUGAAGAUAUCUUUCAAGAAGGAGAUUGCCUGCAGUAUUACUAUCAAGCAGAGUCUGGCUAACGCAGGUAUUGGGAGCGUCGCAUGUAGGCUCCCUGCCACUGAAGACGUCGUUUGGAAGGCUGAAGCCUACAGGAACCUUUUAAAAACUUUGUCACCUAUCUUCGAUGAUGAGGUCAAGUGGGAGGCUCUUGAUGAGAUGUUAUCAUAUCUGAAUCAUUUCUCCGCUGCUAGGCCAACAGAGGUAGUGACCGUUCACAACGCGCCUACUCACCUCAUGAGCUUGGACACGAGGGAGAAGGUCGUGACAUGGAUUGCACAAUGGUGCUCUCAGAACGCUGAAAAAGUAGCUAUUUGUUUAGGCUUUCACACGGCCUUGCUUGAAAACGCUGGAAAGUUUCCCGGACCCUCCUACUCGCUCAUGGUACUCAGAACCAAUGUUGACUCCUACAUCUUAGGGACAAAGCUUUUCUCUGAUUAUACCGUCUUCAAGGCCAAGCUUCGUCAACUCAUGGACAGUGUCUCAUAG